CCCAUCGUUGGUGUCAGUGGGGGGGAGGACUAGUGCCCCAUCAUUGGUGUCAGUGGGAGGAAUAGUGCCCCCAUCAUUGGUGUCAGUGGGAGGAAUAGUGCCCCAUCAUUGGUGUCCAGUGGGAGGAAUAGUGCCCAUCAUUGGCUGUCAGUGGGGGGGGGGGAAUAGUGCCCCAUCGUUGGUGUCAUGUGGGAGGAAUAGUGCCCCAUCGUUGGGUCAGUGGGAGGGAUAGUGCCCCAUCGUUGGUGUCAGUGGGGGGGAGGAGGAUAGUGCCCCAUCGUUAGGUGUCAGUGGGAGGAAUAGUGCCCCAUCAUUGGUGUCAGUGGGAGGAAUAGUGCCCCAUCAUUGGUGUCAGUGGGAUGAAUAGUGGGCCCCUUCAAUUGGUGUCAGUGGGAGGAAUAGUGCCCCAUCAGUUGGUGUCAGUGGAAGGAAUAGUGCCCAUCAUUGGUGUCAGUGGGAGGAAUAGUGCCCCAUCAUUGGUGUCUCAGUGGAGAGGAAUAGUGCCCCAUCAUUGGUGUCAGUGGGAGAGAAUAGUGCCCCAUCAUUGGGUGUCAGUGGGAGGAAUAGUGCCCAUCAUUGGUGUCAGUGGGAGGAAU